CUCACCCACUGGCCUACGACUCUUACGUGUAUGCUCUCAGUAUCGACCACGUUGCCCCCGGGAUAAUGUACAAGAUACCUGUGUAUAGCUGAGCACUGGUAAGAGGUUAUAUAGCAGGAUGAACUAAAAUCUCAUACUUGGGUCCAGCCCGAGCAAAGGGCUGUUGAUUCUCUUCUUGUGGUGGCCUGACCAGGCAACGGUACUCCAGGUUGUUGCAUGUCAAUUAAGGCUGUUAGCCGAAAGGGGAUAAUGGAUCUACACAGCGACACCCCCAUGAUCAGUCUAUGGCUCGCAAGUAGUGCCGCCUGUGAUCUCAUGAUUACAGCCUCUAUCGUCUACGCCCUAUGCAGAUCUACUGUGAUCACGAAACUUAUUCGGUAUACCAUAGAGACGGGGCUUAUCACGUCUCUUGCUGUGAUUGCGCAAUUGAUCCUGUGGCUGACAUUCAGUCAAUAUAAUUUUCAUCUCACUUGCUUUCUCAUCGUUGGCAAAUUAUAUUCCAACACCUUACUGGCGACGUUGAAUUGCAGAACGGUGAUCUUCGGAGGUAGGGAUAAUACAACGAUGUGGGACGUUCGAGGCGAUGGUGGGAAAACGACUAACUAUUCGUCAUCGCCGAUAACAGAAGAUGGUGGUGACCACGAGAUAGCUGUAUGCGAGGAAUUUAGUCCUGACCUGGGAAAACAAGCGUUGGGAAGCAUUUGUACGUUGGAUACCUUUUAUGCACUCCAAUAGCCAGACCGUGGAGGCUACGUUCUUUCUUCCGUAUAGUGAAAUGAAGAUCCUCUUUGUCUAUGUAUACAAUAAGACAUCGCUAGGUUCGCACAAGCGCGAUUAGGAGUUUCCCACCCCUCUUCCCAUCAAAGUGGCUCGUGAUUUUCACACGUCUUCUUUUCCG